UGACCUGGCGAAUUUUUAGUGAGAGCUCUCCGGCUCACAAAAUCUAAGAUCUAACAAAAACAAUCGUCAAUCAUGGCUGCGCCCUUGGUAUCGCAAAAAUUUCUGACAUCAUGCUUGAAAUCGAAAAAUAUCUCACACGUAUUUGAAUGUGUCAAAUCUGUACGGAAUUUACACAAUCCUAGAGAUAAUUUGAAGAAAUUCUACAGACAAGCGACCAUAGCCACCUCAGAUGGAUGGUAUGAAAUCAACUUGGACAAAAGGAAGUUACGGACUCCCCAUGGAAACAUUUUUCGGGUGCCCAGUGAGCCACUUGCCCUUGCAGUUGCCACAGAAUGGAAUUCACAAGACAAAGUUAUUAACAGACAUAACAUGCACUUGACAUCCUUGUGCAACACAGCGCUGGAAAACCCGUUCCACAGAACAAGGGAACAGCUGACAGAGACUAUUAUACAUUUUCUGGAAACUGACACCAUUUGUUACAGACUGACGGAACCUCCAGAGUUAGAGAAAAUGGAAAGAGAACAGUGGGAUCCCAUCUUACAGUGGGCAGCUGACAGAUAUGGUUUAGAGAUCACCCCAACUUGCAGUAUUGCUCCACCCAUAGUCUCUGAUGAAUCCAAGGAGAUCAUUCGGCGGCACCUACUCUCUUACAGUGACUGGGCCUUGUUUGGUUAUCACUUUGCUGUGGACUCCAUUAAAUCUUUGUUGAUUAUUAUGGCUCUUGUUGACAAGCACAUCGGUGUGGAAACUGCUGUCGAUCUCGCAAGACUGGAACAGUAUUUUCAGACAAGCAGAUGGGGCUCUGUGGAGUGGCACCAUGAUGUAGAGCUGUAUGAGCUGCGUUGCCGUCUUUCUGCUGCUGCAUUGUUUAUUCACUGGUGUAGUGAGAGCUCCACGAUCAAACAAAAGGCAGCUCUGGCUCCUGUAUAAUGAUUUCGCUUCAAGUUUGACUUAGUGUUUUUUGUUUGUUUUUUAAAAACUUACACUUGGACGUAUAAGAAGAACAGCAAGAGACAUCAAUAAUAACUGGAUCGAUAAGAUUUGAAUAGUAUGGAACUUGUAACCAAUUCAAGAAGUGCAUACUAAUAAUUUCUAGAAGCGUAAGUACUUGCCUUUGGAUAUGUGUUGAUGAGUAUGGAUGUGUGUUGGCAUGUGCUCUGCUCAUGUGAAAGGA